AUGGAUGAAGGGGAGAAGAGUAAGAAGAAGAGAGUUAACGAGAAGAAGAGAGAGAGGUCGCAGAACCAGAAGCUGAAACUGGAUCAGGAGGGCCCCACCAAGGACGAGGUCGACCACUUCUUCACCGUCCUCCGAAGGAUCAAGCUCGCCCUCCAUAACUUUCACAGCCAACCAAACGCGGCUAACCACUGGAGGGAGGCUCUCGAAGGAACCCACGUCGCUCUCCACCACCAACGCCUCCGAUGUCCCGUCACCGGAGAUCAUUUUGACCUCAACGCCGCCCCUUCUGAGUCCGCAGACGCAUAG